AACAAGCUCAAAGUGCUAGGAGGGUUUCUCUUCGUGAGAAGGGCUGGAGGCUUCCAACCUUCUAGGCAGUAGAAUUACAUUGUCUCCUCGAGAAGGAAAUCUUGUUCCCUCUAGUAGCAAGACUAUUUGUAGGGCUUGGUGGGGUUUUUUUUUUUCAUUGGGUUAGGGAAACAGUUGAGUGUGUAAGAGAUGGAAGAUAUCAAUCGAGAAUGGAAUAAACUUACGUUAUCUGAGAGAGAAGAAAAAGAUAUUGAUCAUUUAGGCAAACAGAAAACAGAACGAGAAUAUAUCUUAGCAGCCAAAUUCUUGAGUAGAAGAGUGCUGAAUAUUGAAAAUGUGUCAAGAGCUUUCAGGCCACUAUGGAGAACACAAAAGGGUUUCCGGAUAAGAAAAGCAGGAGAGCAUAAACUGCUUUUUGUAUUUGACUCUAAGGAUGAUGCAGAGAAUGUGGUAAUGUGUGAACCAUGGAGCUUCGACAACCAUUUGGUCCUCUUUCAGGGCUAUGAUGAUGAUAUACCACUCAAUAAUCUGAAGUUCAACACAGCAACAUUCUGGGUUCAGAUUCAUAACUUGCCAGUGCGUUAUAUGAACUAUGAGGUAGCAGAGGGAAUUGGAGAAACUCUAGGUACAGUGGUUAAAUUGGAAGACAAAACAAAGAUGGAGGGGGGAAGUUUCAUGAGAGUAAGAGUGGUCAUUGACAUCUCACAACCGUUGUGCAGAUGUAGAAAAAUCAUACUGAGUGAAGGCAGUGUUUGGUGGGUAUCUUUGAAGUAUGAAAGAUUACGCAGUAUCUGUUAUUGGUGUGGUCUUGUUUCCCAUGAGAAUAAAGAUUGUGAGCUUUGGAUUAAGAGCAAAGGAACAUUGACUGUAGACAAACAGCAAUUUGGCCCGUGGAUUUGUGCACCUCAAUUCAAUCCUUCAAGGAAAACUUUCGUGGAGGUCCGAGGCUAUUAUGACGAUAUUGAGGAGAACAAAGAGAUGAAACCGCUGAUCACUAAUGGAGAUGGGGUUGACGUGGUGGCUCCGGCGGCAGUAAGGGAUGCAGAUGCAGGCAUGCAGCAGGGAUUCUGGUGGCAGCGUCUGGCUCUAAUGUUCCAGUGAUGGAAAACACGGAAAUAUCGGGUCUCACCAAUCAAUUUCAAAAAUUAUCGGCUAAUUUGGAGGAAAUGGAUACAGCAAUAUCGGGAGAAGUUAUUGUAGCGGAUUCAAAGGCUGGGUUUUCAAACUUGAAUUCAGUGGGAGUAGAUAUCCAACGUGUUGCUGCUGAGGAUGGAAAGGAGAUAAAUAAGGCUGGUUUUCAACUAGGAUGGUGGAAUAUUGAAACCAAAAAGGCAACUGACUCUCUCCGAAUUGCUGGGAAAGGCAAGUCAAUCACUAAGCAGAAUAAUUAUAAAAGAAGGCACAGGGUCAACUGGACUCCAUGCACUAAAAAUUAAACAGACACCAAGGUGACAAAUUGCAGUCGGCCGAAUAAAAGCUUUUGGAAGAGAAUCUCUAAAUGAGAGAGUGAGUUUGGAAGAGGUUCAAUUUUUUUUUUUUUUUUUUUUUUUAGAAUCAGAGAGAUUUUUUUUUUCUUCCCUUUUUUGGAUAAAUGAGUCUGGCAUUGUUGCUUCAUGCUUGUAUUCAAGUACUGAUUGUAAUUUGGUUUAGUUACCAUCUUCUACCAUUCGGUUUUAAUCAUCUUGUAGUGUAAGCAAAACCUAUUAUCAGUAAGUUACAAACAUGGCCAGUGAGAAUCACCAUGCUAUGGGCACAUCAGUUACUCUCAUGAGAAAGUCACAUUCCAUAUAUUCCAAACCUAGAUCAUCUUCAACAUUCUCGGACAGCUUCCUGCUGAAUUUCUAAACAACUUUGGGAUGACAGCUUGCAAGAAUUUUACUGCAACAUUAAGUGAUCCAACUCUUGUGAGAGAA